GUACAAUGCCUCAUACUAACUUCCCCGAGCUGUGGAAGUAGACUUCUUUACCUUCAUGCCACCGCAGGGGUGACAACAGAGCCAAACACACAGAGCCACAGAUCAGAACUACAGCGGUCAAGAAUCAGCAGCCUCUCCGGUGAUCCACUCUGCUCAGGAGAUUUAUCACACACAACCUGACGAGAUGAGCAGCAACAAGAAGAUGGAGGAUGAGGCGGUGCUGGACCGGGGGGCAUCCUUACUCAAGCACAUCUGUGACGAGGAGGAGGUAGAGGGUCACCACACCGUUUACAUCGGAGUGCACGUGCCCAAGAGCUAUCGGCGUCGGAGGCGUCACCGUCGGAAAACCGGCCACAAGGACAGAAAGGAGAGGUUGACGGAGAACACCUCUGACAAGUCGGACACAGAAAACAACGAUGAGAGCAGCAACAGCAUCCUCAAACCUCUCAUUUCGCCGGCAGCCGAGAGGAUCCGCUUCAUACUUGGAGAGGAGGAUGACGGCCCGGCACCCCCUCAACUCUUCACUGAGUUGGAUGAGCUUCUGUCGGUGGACGGACAGGAGAUGGAGUGGAAGGAGACGGCCAGGUGGAUCAAGUUUGAGGAGAAGGUAGAAAAAGGAGGUGAACGCUGGAGUAAACCCCACGUGGCUACACUGUCCUUACACAGCCUCUUUGAACUGCGGACGUGCAUAGAGAAAGGCACCAUCAUGCUGGACUUGGAAGCUUCCACUCUACCUCAGGUUGUUGAGCUGAUCACCGACAACCAAAUAGAGAUUGGCCAGCUGAAGCCAGAGCUGAAGGACAAAGUGAUGUACACGUUGCUCCGGAAACAUCGUCACCAGACCAAGAAGUCCAACCUGCGCUCUCUGGCUGACAUCGGCAAGACGGUCUCCAGUGCAAGUAGGCUGUUUUCCAACCAGGAAAACGCUCGUAAUCCUCUUGACAACUCUGUGACCUGCCUGUCGGGUCACAUAUCAAUGGAGGACUUGCAGAACCAAAGAAGUACCAGCAUGGACUGGCUUAAUAGUCCCGCCACAACUCCCCGGAACCUGACCUCCACCAGUCUGAACGACAUUUCUGACAAACCAGAAAAAGACCAGCUGAGGAACAAGUUCAUGAAGAAGUUGCCGAGAGACGCCGAGGCCUCCAAUGUGCUGGUGGGGGAGGUGGACUUCCUGGACUCGCCGUUUGUGGCGUUUGUUCGUCUGCAGCAAGCUGUGAUGCUGGGAGCCUUAACGGAGGUCCCUGUUCCCACAAGAUUUUUAUUCAUCUUGCUUGGACCCAAAGGCAAAGCCAAGUCGUACCAUGAGAUUGGCAGAGCCAUCGCCACGCUGAUGUCAGAUGAGGUGUUUCAUGACAUUGCGUAUAAGGCCAAGGACAGACAAGACUUGCUUGCCGGUAUCGAUGAGUUCCUGGACGAGGUGAUCGUGCUUCCGCCUGGAGAGUGGGACCCAGCCAUCAGGAUAGAGCCUCCAAAAUCCCUGCCCUCCUCGGACAAAAGGAAAAACAUGUAUGCAGGAGGAGACUCCCAUAUGAACGGAGACAUGCCUCAUGAUGGAGGUCACGGAGGAGGGGGACACGCUGCAGGGGACGAGCUGAAGAAGACCGGAAAGUUUUGUGGGGGUCUCCUACUCGACAUCAAGAGAAAAGCGCCUUUCUUUGUCAGUGACUUCACCGAUGCAAUUCACAUCCAGUCCUUGUCGGCCAUUUUGUUUAUCUACCUGGGAACUGUGACGAACGCCAUCACUUUUGGGGGUCUGCUGGGGGAUGCUACAGAAAACAUGCAGGGUGUGUUGGAGAGUUUUCUGGGCACAGCAAUCACCGGGGGGGUUUUCUGUCUGCUUGCCGGCCAGCCUCUCACCAUCCUCAGCAGCACAGGUCCUGUUCUGGUUUUUGAACGACUGCUCUUCAAUUUCAGCAGAGAUAAUCAGUUUGACUACCUGGAGUUCCGCCUGUGGAUCGGCCUGUGGUCGGCGUUCUUCUGCCUGGUGCUCGUGGCCACUGACGCCAGCUACUUGGUUCAGUACUUCACCCGCUUCACUGAGGAGGGCUUUUCCUGCCUCAUCAGCUUCAUCUUCAUCUAUGAUGCCUUCAAGAAGAUGAUUAAACUAACUCACCACUACCCCAUCAACUCAGAUUUCAAAAUGGACUACGUGACACAAUAUGACUGCCUCUGUAUGGCCCCUGCUAUUCUAGUGAACAGUACAGACGUGGUUGGAGAUGCUUCAAUCUGGUACUGGAACAACACUGAACUGCCAUUGAACGCCACAUGGUCGUCCCUGUCAAAGAUGGAUUGCUUAAAGUACAAUGGAGAGCUGGUGGGGAAGGCCUGCGAGUAUGUCCCCGACAUCUCCCUCAUGUCCUGCAUCUUGUUCUUAGGCACUUACACCUGCUCCAUGGGUCUGAAGAAGUUCAAGACAAGCCAGUUCUUCCCCACUACUGUGAGGAAACUCAUCAGUGACUUUGCCAUCAUUCUGGCCAUCUUGAUCUUCUGUGGAGUGGAUAUGCUCGUAGGAGUGGAAACUCCUAAACUUAUUGUGCCAACUGAAUUCAAGCCAACAAGUUCUAAACGAGGCUGGUUCGUGCCCCCGUUCGGAGGAAACCCCUGGUGGGUUUACCUGGCGUCGGCUCUCCCUGCCCUGCUGGUCACCAUCCUGGUCUUCAUGGACCAACAGAUUACUGCUGUGAUCGUCAACAGGAAGGAGCACAUGCUGAAGAAAGGGGCAGGCUACCAUCUGGAUCUGUUCUGGGUGGCCGUUCUGCUUAUUAUUUGCUCCUUCAUGGGUCUGCCCUGGUACGUGGCCGCCACAGUCAUCUCCAUCGCUCACAUCGACUCUCUGAAGAUGGAGACGGAAACGUCGGCUCCUGGAGAGCAGCCCAAGUUCCUGGGUGUGAGGGAGCAGAGGGUCACUGGGAUAGCUGUGUUCAUCCUGACAGGACUGUCUGUAUUUAUGUCUCCUAUUUUAAAGUUCAUCCCCAUGCCAGUGCUGUAUGGAGUCUUCCUAUACAUGGGAGUUGCCUCUCUCAACGGAGUGCAGUUCAUGGAUCGUCUGAAGCUGCUUCUGAUGCCAGCGAAGCAUCAGCCGGAUCUGGUUUACCUGCGACACGUUCCCCUCAGGAAGGUCCACCUCUUCACCUUCAUCCAGAUCCUCUGCUUGGCUCUGCUCUGGAUCCUCAAGUCCACGGUGGCCGCCAUUGUUUUCCCUGUCAUGAUCCUCGCUCUGGUGGCCGUCAGGAAAGCGAUGGACUACAUGUUCUCCCAGCAUGAACUGGGCUUCCUGGACGACGUCAUCCCAGAGAAGGACAAGAAGAAGAAAGAGGAUGAAAAGAAGAAGAAGAAAAAAGGCAGCAUAGACAGCGACGCUGAAGACUCUGACUAUCCUUACAAUGAAAAAGUUCCCAGCAUUAAAAUCCCCAUGGACAUGAUGGAGCAGGAACCUUUCUUAGGCGAUAAGGCCUCCGACAGAGAGAAGUCCCCAUCAUUCCUUGACCGACAUACAUCGUGCUGAGCAGCUUCGCUACUACCAAGCCAACUACCUGUCCAGCCCUGAGAUGAGUCCCUUGAAGACUGUGCCUCGGAUUACCAUCGACAUGGACCCAGACGAUGAUAAUUCUUUUUACUGGAAGAGCAGAGGAUCGGAGACAUCUCUGUAGAGCGUCGCCAACUCUCUCUCAUUUCCCUUUAAAAAAUAUAUAAUUUUUAACUCCAAAAUCCCCUCCACCAUGUUCUGACUUUGUUUUAAAGUAUGUGGAACAGGAAAGAAAGGUCCACCAUAUGUAAAACCAUUUAUUAUCUGACACUUUUGCUCACCUCUGCACAGUAGGCUGAUAACUGUAGCUCUUUACUCUUCCUCUAUGCAACACUUCCCACACAUUCACAGAAAUGCUGCACCUCUGUUUGACCCUGCAUGAAAUCCCUCCCUGCUCCUUUUUUAUAUAAAUAUCAUCGGUCUGAAUUUUUAUAUAAAUCAAUUUACUCUAAUUACAUUUUCCUGUUGCAGGGAAAUUAUGUUAUAGCUCUACCUCUUGUUUUAGAUUAAAUGCUUAUUAUAAACAAAUGCAACAUGUUGAUUUUUGACGCAGCAUGGGCUUUUGUUAUUUUCUCUUUCCUCUUGAGAGUUGAAAUGAUUCAAGAGGUUCACUGUAUUAUAGCUUGUGACGGAAAUUUGUUUCAAUAGAAUAUUUGAAGUUAAUUAACAAUGCAUAUAUGAUGCAGAUGAGGUAAAUAUUGUAUUAUCACUUUUUGAUGUGGUUUUAUUUGCUCCACUUUCUCUUUCUAAUUUUCUCAACCUUUCUGUAACGUUUUCACUUCAAAGCUUUUGUUACUCUUAAAUCAAAUCAUUCCUUUAUCUCUUUUUUAAUGAUUAUUGUGUUGGUUACUUUUUCUCAUGUCCUUUUUUUCCCCUUUUGUGGGUAGAAAACAGUUAAGCGAUACGUUAUCAUCAGAAUUUCCUCAGCCAAACUUAAAUAAUAACUAGGAAUGCAUUUCAUACAAUCGCUUUAGCUGCACAAACUACUUUACCUAAGUGGCUUAUAAGAGAUUGAUUCCGACUGAAUAUAUGAUCGUAGCGAGGGAUUAUGAGAAGGGAAUCAGAUCCAUGUGAACUCCACACAGCAGGUUUAUUUCUUCUUGUCUCAGCUGCUGUUGGAACUCUCUGAUGUGAAAAUGGUGUAACUUAUGUCUAAUGUUUUAUAUAUAUUAAAAGUUUGGAUUUUCUUCAAGUAUUUCCUUAUAAAGUACUACUCGGAUGUAGUGCUGUUUGUACACUAGGGAUUUAUUGCUCGCUGUCAUCAUUCUUUCUGAACCUCAACAAAAGUGUGCUUAUUCAUACCAGAACCUCUGUGUUCUCUGAUGUGUAAAGGUGCAAAACUCCUCCUUUAGGUUUUUGUUCAUGUCCAGAAUUCACCUUGAGCAGUUUUCAACAAUCUAGAAAGACUUUAUGCCACACAGAACGACUAACUUCCUUUAAAUUCAAACUAGCUAAAAGGCCAUUUCAGUUGAAAGUUCUUUUUGUUACGGUGUGGUAGCAUUAGGAAGAUUAGGAAGUUUCUCGUCCAGUAUGGAGAGGAGGAAUGAAUACAGCGAACAAUAGCUCAAUGUGCUCGUACAUAGACUUGUUAAAAUCCAAACAUCUGCUCAAACAAGGAUUUAUUUUCAAUCUGCUAAAAUGAGGCAGUAUAUGUUGUACAGACUGUGUUGCUACAGAGUGCCCAGUGUGUCCACACGGUCACAAGCAGAGAGAUAAAACUUUGACUUUUACUGGCCAGUAUUACCAACAGAGCACUGUUUGUCAUUCCAUUAUUCCCUCUUUAUCUCUAAAGGACACACUGACGCACUUUUUUAAAAGUAGAGUCCUCUCUGUCUUCAUCACCACAAUAGACAUUUAAUUAAACUGAGUGAUUAAUGAGCCGCCUUCCUCCUCUGUAAAUCAUGUACAUAAAAAGGCACUUUGGCUCAAACCAAAAUCCAACAAAUUUCUUUGUACCAUCGCGGUUCUUUGUCUUGCAACUUGUUUUGUUUCAGUUCAUCAACCGAAGUACCAGCAUCAUCUACACUCCACAUCAGUGUUUUUAUUUCAGCAGCAGCAAAGGGGCACAGUGUGUGGAGAGUUUAAAAUGUGUUGUACUGUCAGCCUGUCGGACAAAAUCAAAUGAAGAAUCUUGUUAAUGAUGUUAAUUUUAGCUUACGGAAUAAAUACUGAUACGAUGUUUCUUUUGAUUAACUUUUUGUGACUUUUUAGAAACAGGUGAAAUGGUUUAUUUUAGAAUUUAUAUUUUUCAAAAUGAAAUGUAUAUUGAAAAUAAACAGAAUGUUCAAACAGUGA